UCUCUCGCCUUCUCCGUGGCUCCCGGGGAUUUUUGCAUCGCGGCCAGCAUGUCUCAGGCUGAGUUUGAGAAAGCUGCAGAGGAAGUUAAGAACCUCAAGACCAAGCCAGCAGACGCAGAGAUGCUGUUUAUCUACAGCCAUUACAAACAGGCAACCGUGGGUGACGUCAACACAGAGCGGCCUGGGAUGUUGGACCUCAAAGGCAAGGCCAAGUGGGAUGCCUGGAACGAGCUGAAAGGGACUUCCAAGGAGAGCGCCAUGAGAGCGUACGUGGACAAAGUGGAGGAGCUCAAGCAGAAGUACGGAAUCUAAGGGCCCGGAUGAGGCUCCCGGCCGCACACUUAACUAAACCAAUAGGCCUUGUUUUUCUAAUACUGCAGAUGAUGGGUGUGCCAGCAUGGAAAUAGCCAGCGAACCCCACGUCCCAGGGCUCCUCAGAUGGGGCUCUAGCAGAGUGAGGGCUGAACGGCUCAUUGACCUGCCCUGAGUAGUUUUUUAUCCGAGAUCCAUUAAAAGUUCAUUUG